AUGGGCGGACACGGCGGACUGAACAUUCUGCCCCAGAAGCGGUGGAACGUCUAUGGGCGUGAGAACCGCUUGAAAGUCGCCCGCGACGAGGCUGCUGCCGCGGAGCAGGACGCCGCUGCUGCCGAGGCCGCCGCAAAGGCCGAGGCCGAGUUCCGGCGCAACCGUCUGCUAGAGCGCGCGCGACGCAAGCGGCUGGGUGGGGCCGAGGGCGAGGGGGAUGCCGAGGCGGGGCUCGGCGGCAAGGGGGGCGACGUCGGGGCCGCGGCGGGCAGCAAGGGCCGCGGAGGGCGUGAGGUGGGGUCGGAGGAGUGGGCGGCGCAGGUGGCGCGGCUUGAGGUGGGCAGCGAUGGCGACGACCGGCCACGCAAGCGCUCGAAGCGGCGGGAGCCCCCGGCAGACCAGGCGCCCCCAGGGUCUGCCCAGCGGACGCCAGCCGCGCCUGCGGCCGCCGCGAACGAGGACGCCGCGGGCGGCGAGCCGCCGCUCGAGCACAUCAACUUUUGGCGGGAGCAGGAGUCCAAGGCAGCUCACCCGGACAAGGAGAAGGAGCGCCGCGAGGACCUGCGGCGGCGCGGUGACCCCAAAACGAUGACGUCAGACGCGCGCUUCGAUGAGAGCUUCAAAUUCGGCAGCACCCUGGGGGGACCAAAGCCGUGGUACGCCCGGCCCUCAGCCCCCCGCGUGGAGGAGGCCAGAGCGCCCCUGCACCUGCCCGGCGGCGGCUCUGGCAGCUGGCACCCCCACCAGCGGCUAACCGCGGUGCAGCAGGGGCAGCAGCUGCAGGCCGCGCAGCUCACGCAGGCAAGCGGAGGGGCUGGCGGGCCAAGGGGAGAUCACGGCGGCAGCAGCAGCAGUAGCAGCAGCAGCAGCAGCAGCAGCAGCAGCGGCAGCAGCAGCGACGGCUCCUCGUCGUCCGACUCUGACAGCAGCAGCGGGGGCCGCCGGGGCCGCAAGAAGCGCCGCAGGUCGCCGUCGAGCAAGCGCCGCCAUGCGCGCAAGAGCGGGGGCAGCAAGAGCAGCAAGCAUGACACAAAGCACUCGAGGCACAAGAGGCGGCACAAGAAGCGAGCUGCUGGCAGCGGCGGGGGCGACAGCCGCAGCAAGCUGCUGCUGCUCGGCGCGCUGCGCGCAGAGAGGGUGGCAAGGGAGGGCGGCGAGCGGAUGCGCGCGAAGGAGGUGCUCGCCGCCGGCGCCAGGCCUGCCAAGAAGUUCAGUCAGAGCUAUGGCUUUGCAGACCAGCUACACCGCAGCAGGCUCUGA